AUGUCUACAUCCAACACCUAUGACGGUAUAUCCAAUUCGAAUUUCACAGACAAGAAGAGGGGCACUGAGAUUGUCUUUGAGAAUGACAAGCUUCCUGCGGAGAUUCCACACGUGAAGGAGAUUGGAGCAACCACUGGGCCAUUAUUAAGUGCUUCGUAUUUUAUUGCCGACCGGUGCCAAGAGUUCAACGAUGACUUUAUGAUGUGUCAGAAGGAGAACGGUACGAACGGUGCCGUGAAUUGUCUCAAGGAGGGUCGGAAGGUGACUCGGUGUGCGUCUAGUGUGUUGAGGGAUCUCAACACGCACUGUAAGGACGAGUUUGAGAUGCAUUUCAAGUGUCUCAACUACUCCAACAUGGAGUUCAAGAACUGUAGAAAGGCAGAGAGCAUGCUGAACGAGUGUGUCUUUAAGAGUCUUGGAUUAAAAAAGACCAUUCCAGGUGACGGUGGCCGGGAGGUUUGGAAGAACCAAAUCUACAAGCCAAUCCAUCCUCAUUUUCCUAGUGAGAAGGCGUUUGAGAGGCAACAAGAGCAAUGA